CAUUUAAAACCAGAAGGAAAGUGAAGAAAUCUGGUUCAUUUCAAGCAACCAGAGCUGCAGAAGGUCAUCCUUGGAUUAACCACAACACAGUGACAGUUUGGGUUAUUCACUGGCCCAUCAAAGAGACUUGGACUGUCUUAAGUUCUUCUUUAUUUAAAAAUCAAUGAGUGAAUGAGUGAAUCUACCCAUUUUCACCUACCAUUUGGAGGCCAAGUCAUUACUGCUGGAAAUCGUUCUGGACUAAAGUUGUGCCAAUCAUUUGCGUAGUCUUAUCUACACAAAAGAGUUGGGCUGUUUUGGAUGCAACCUCUGAAUCUGUUGACGCACUGAAGAAAACAAAGGGCCAAUCAGAAUCGUCAGUCUUUGGAAUGGCAAAAGGACUUGCCAAGACAAAUCUCUUAACUAAGUCUUAAAUAAGCCAGGGCCAAUACACAGAAACGCAUCUUUUCAUAGAUUUAAGACAUUCGGAUGUAAAAUCUACAACAAUACUUCAAUAAGUAUUGACCAUUUGGGUGUUACAUCAGUCAGCCGGGACUAAGAAAACAGGUUAAUUGAGGGGUUAAUUGAACUUUUGAGUGUCUUUCAUACAGCCUUAGAGCACACUGGCUUAUCUGGUUUAGGACCAUUUGGAAUUGAACCAGAAGGUUGGUUUGAUCCUCCAUCAGAGCUUCUUGCAAAAAAUCUCGUGUUGUGGUGCUGUGGUACCGUGGUGCCUUGCUGAAUUGCAGCGAUGCACGUUGAAGUGACCCUAAAUCACUCCUCCUGCUCAGUGUCAGUGUGUGCGCGGCUCACCUCACCAUGCUAGAUGCUAACGUGAUCUACAUCAUCCUGGAGCUGGUCAUCGCUGUGCUAGCAGUGCUGGGCAAUGUGCUAGUGUGCUGGGCAGUGUGGCUGAACAGCAACCUGAAGAACGUCACCAACUUCUUCGUGGUGUCGCUGGCGGUGGCGGAUAUCGCCGUGGGCGUGCUGGCCAUCCCCUUCGCCAUCACCAUCAGCACGGGUUUCUGCGCCCACUUCCAUGGCUGCCUCUUCAUCGCCUGCUUUGUCCUUGUGCUCACCCAGAGCUCCAUCUUCAGCCUGCUGGCCAUCGCCAUCGACCGCUACAUUGCCAUAAAGAUACCCCUCAGGUAUAAUGGUCUGGUGACGGGCCAGCGAGCUAAAGGGAUCAUUGCCAUCUGCUGGGUCCUCUCUGUCAUAAUUGGAUUGACGCCCAUGCUGGGCUGGAACAAAUGUUCUAGUGAGGUCGCCAACAGCACCCAGAUAAAUCAUAUAAAGUGCACAGAUGACCGCAUGAUGCCUUGCCUCUUUGAGAGCGUGGUCACCAUGGACUACAUGGUCUACUUCAACUUCUUCGCCUUUGUCCUUGUGCCCUUGCUGCUCAUGCUGGGGAUCUACCUGAGGAUCUUCAUGGCGGCUCGGCACCAGCUCCAGCUGAUUGAACUCAAGGCCACCCAUGGGGAGAAGUGCCGCUCCAUCCUCCAGAAGGAGGUCCAUGCGGCCAAAUCCUUGGCCAUCAUUGUGGGGCUGUUUGCCGUCUGCUGGCUCCCGCUCCACAUCAUUAACUGCUUCACCUACUUCUGUCCUGAGUGCCCACGGCCCCCGGCCUGGCUCAUGUACCUGGCCAUCAUCUUGUCUCACGGCAAUUCUGUGGUCAACCCAUUCAUCUACGCCUACCGGAUACGGGAGUUCCGACAAACCUUCCGCAAGAUCAUUAGGCGACACAUUCUGGGCCAGAAGGAGCAUCUGUUCAAGAGUGGGGGAAGCAACAGCAACAGGACUUCGGUGCGCACCAGCAUGACAGAGAAUUCUACCAUCAAAAUUAAUGGCUAUGCCCUGGAUAUGUACACAGAGGAAAAUGCCAGCAAAAUCUGUAAGGAACAAAAAACUCCCAGGGAUAACCCAGCUGAACAAAACCUGAAUAAAAACAACCCCCCCUCUGAUUUGCAUCAAAAUGGGCAACAUUUAGACAUCCCACAUACGCAACAUCUACGACAACAGAACAGAGACUUGCCAGAGACUUUUCAAAAAGGGGACAUGCCCAAGCUUGUCAAAAAUGCAGAGGUCCUAUAUCUGCAAGGGAAUGAGGAAUUCUCGAAGGUGCAUUUCAAUUCUGCGUUCCAGGAGAAAUCUUCACAGUGUCCCGGACUUACUGAAGUGUCUUGAUUUCAGUCCAGAACGGUUUCCAUUAGAAUAUGAAUCUAUGUUUGUAUUAUUUAUUGACUCCCUUCUUAUAGAGGGCAGCAAGGGGGAAUAAAAAUAAAUGUAAGAAAGGGCUGUGGUCCAGAAUUCGCUCCGCAUUCCAAGGACCAAGGGUUCAUGAGUCAGGAGAAAUGGCAGAAGGUCCUAGGCCACCACCUUUUGUAAAAGGGCAGACAUCUGCUUAUUGAGGCCUGGGGGAGGUUCUGCUGGAUAUUUUUAUGGGUGUAGAAACGUCAUUUCCUAGUGUUGUUUCUUGUAAAAAAAAUUAUUUUAAAAUAUUAUGUGAAGGGUGGGGCCAAAGUGAAUACGUAGGGUACAGACACAUUUGUCCCAGUGGCCACCAUUCCCUGGGGAUCCCACCAUGCUGAACUUAAAAUGAUUUUCACAGCGUUAGAGGUGGUCUUAAUCACUCCCUGAAAUCUUGUUUCUUUUCCACUGAGGCCCUGAUCACAGCGUGUUGAUAAGAAUGGGAUGUGGAGCCGGGUCCAAUUUCAAAUAGAUGGUAGUUUUCUUGUUUCAGUCUUGAUACAAACCAAAAAAUACAAAGUUGCCUGUGAUAAUGUAAUUAGUUAAAGCGUUACCAGGCAGGGUCUUGUUAGCAAACAGCAAACUCAUUAUGCAUUGAGUUGUAAUAUCCUGUGUGGUACGUUUCAAUGCAAUAUCAUUUUCAACAUGAAACACAAUUCCAUUGGUUUUUUUUUUAAAUGACAUUCAGCGCAAAAUGAUUCCCUUUUGACCUUUUGACUUAUUACAAUUUGUUGUGCUACAUUCCACAUUUGAGUACAUUGUGCUGAAAACGAUAUUAGCAGCGAUAUGAACAGCAUUGGGAUCUAUUGCAGUAAGGGUUUCUUCUAAGACACUGCAUACUGUAGCACGUUCGGUAACACUUCCAAAAUUUGCUCCUGUUACAUAAAAAUAAGUGAACAGUUUUGUCAUACCGUAGAUCUUUACAGGUGAUUGUUGUGUUAUGGUGGAAAUAAAACUGUACAUGUGUUGUUGCAGACCUGCUAAUGAUCUCGAAAACUUAAAAACCCAAUGACAAAAUAGGUCAAUGUAACACAACAUAGUUUCACACUUGGUCAAUUUUGGAUGCCCAGAACAGUUAGUUGACAUUGUUAAAUAGAAAAAAACAUCAGAAUAAUGCAACAAAUUAAAGUAUUUUAAAUAUCAAAAGGAGCGUUUAAUGUGAAAAACACUUUUUUUCGUGAGUUGUAUCUGAUUCAGGCUCAGAGGGGGUCCACUCUGUAUUCUGUAUAUUAUUUGGCUGAAGGGAUCAACUAUUUCCUCACCCACUGGACCAAGAGAGCAGAAUAUUCCAUCUGUCUAAUCUCCCCAUCUGUUUUUCAGAAAAUCAAAGCCCUGGUUUGUAAUGCGGUGAUAAAUGAAGUUAGAUGUUAUACAGCCAGAUGUCUGUUGCUUAUCCAGUAAGAAACACAAACGUGCUGACCUGUGGUACGCUCAUAUCGUAUAAAUCCAGCUAGAAUUAAUUCACACUCUUUUGUCUUUUUGGCCUGGGUUUUGUCUUCAACUGUUGGGCAAAUACAGCAACACCUCAUUUUCUGAAUAAAUAUUGUUUUUUUUUAAAUAAAUUACGUUUUUUGGUGUUAUCAUUAAGAAGGUGUGAUUUGUUUUCACCCUAUUGAAAAAUCUGAUUUCCGACAUUGCUGAAGAAUUGGCAAAUAAUCAUCUAAACUCCCCCCUUGACAGUCAAUUAAAAUCAAUCUGCCGUCCAUCAGAGUAUGAAACAGUAAUUGCAUGUACAAUCCAUAUUUUUGUUUUUCCAGUUUCCAAGGUUGUGUCUUUUGUUCUUUGCUGAUGAUUCUCAUUAGGUUAUUGGCCUGCUGCAGUUUUGUUUCCAGUUUUUCUCCUGUAAUAAAAGAAACAUAAUUGCAGCAUCUGCUGAUGAGUCUCUGAAAACACGGUUGUUUUUCUGAGUUAAGUAACAAAACCAUUACUGGUCUGGAAAGUUUAAUAGCACCUAUUAGUUGCAGCUGAACACAUUUCAGCUGUUGCUUCCUCUUCCAGGAGCAUUAAUCCAGGGAAACGAACACUUUCUACUCACAAUAAACUGUUUCUAAGACAGCUACUGGUUAUGAAUCAUACUUACAUUGUGCAGCUUGUUUUCAAAUGCAUUAAUCAUACUAGAGGUACACCAAAUAAAAGAUUAAUCGAGUAACUCAUUUGCAGUAUUGAAAAUUACCAUUCACUUACCACCUACACCAAUUUCCAGUUCUGUUAAUUAAAAGUAGACAUUAUCCAAGAC